AUGGCCGCCGGCUUCUUGCGCCUUCCAGUGGCGAUGGAAACGAGCCUCUUCAAGCUCCAUUCAAUCGAAUGCAGGCCGGUGACCGCCGCGACGGGCCGGGCCAAGGCCGCGGGCAGCUCCUUUUCAACUUCUGAUGACGACGAAAGGCUUCGAGCGAUUGAUGACGAAAAUGGUGACACUCGAACCGGAUCGCCUGUGAUAUACUCCGGUACUCGCUGGAACUUCGGGCCCAAUUGCUCUUCUUGCGGCAUUCAUUUUGACCCUGACCUGAUAUUUGAUGAGACCUGGCACGAGACCACCAACGAUCCUAUCAGCAAUCCUGAAUGGCCAAAGCUGCCAUCCGUCACGGUGAACUUCGCCGGCUCCGCCAUUUGGGUGUUCUGCAUAGUGCCUAAUAACAUCACACCCAUGAAGGCGGAUGUGUUGACAUUGGCCAACCUGACUUUCAUCCUCGAUGGAAUCCAGGUCCAAAGCUUUGUCCACGUGCCAAGCGGCUCAGAAUUUUUGUACAGCCAUCGGGUGUUCAGUACCGAAGGUCUGCACCCUGGACCGCACAUCCUUACUUUCGAAGUCCAGAAUGCAUCGUACGUUGCAUUUGACUAUGCCAUUUACACCUUUGAAAACGACACCUUACCACUUGAAGCUACGGUCUCGCCAUCGUCCAACAUCAGUGCCCCCACCUCAUUACCACAGUCCGUAAUGAGCCAGACGACCAUUACGACCACUUGGUCAUCGGCUCUAGCCACUAUAGCUAGCACCACCAGCGUCUCGCCCUCGCGGGUGAGCUCUACCCUUGCUUCGCGUACAUCGAGCAAUACCCUUCCAGUCGUCCUCGGCAUUGCCAUCGGCGCAUUGUUAUUCUGCGGUAUUCCAAUUGCGUUUUACAUCGGACGUCGAAGGCGAAGGACGGUUGGGAAGGAGCCAUUCAUCCAUUCAAUGAACUCAGAUCUGGGCCCGAUCUCCAGCCGCUGGAAUCGCGCCGUCAAUCCCCAGACGCAAAGUCUACAAGGGAACGUCAGCGGGGUUGUGGACGAAUCGGAACCGCGUAUGGGCACGCAUCCAUCUCGAACCAAAUCAUCACGGCUCAAAUUAAAGCCUCGUGUCCUUGGGCUAUCCCGCGGUUUGAGGGAGCCUAACCCCGAAACUGGACGUGGGGCAGGGCAAGCCGCGUUGUCCGAAGAUGGCGGACGCGCAGCAAGGCAGCCGGUGUGA